CUCCCCCGAGGAGGGGGAAGGAGGGGAUCCCGCUGGGCGCACCGAAACCGAGAGAGGGCGACUGGAGAAGGCGCCGCGCGGGGGCAUUGUGUGUGUAUGUUUGCGUAUGUGUCUGUUUCGGAAAGCGCUCUGGGGAGGUUCGUCUGUAGGGGCGGAGCUCAAGGGACCGAGGCUCCGGCUCCCGGUCAGGGCAGAGUCCCGCGAAGACGCCGGCCCGGCUGAGCCGGAACGCUGUUGAGGCAGCCGGCGGGACGGCGCGCCUGGCGGCGAGGCGGACACACUGAAGGGAGGCUGGGGCCGAGCGCCUGAAAGGGUCCAAACCCUGCGGCCCCUGCCUGGAGCUGUCGAUAGAGGCGGUGCAGCCAGUUUCUGCUCACGUACGUGGACCUGAGUUGGGAAGGCUCGGACGCGGGAAGCCGGCAAGAGAGAACCCAGCGCGCUCCGCUUCGCCAGCCCGCUCGGUCCUCUAGGGGAGUGCAGCCAGGAGAGCGAAGUCUUCGCAGCUGCGCGCCCGCAGGCGUCGGCUGUGUCGGGAGCGCGCCCGACCGCCCCUCUGCUGCCCCGCCAGGUCCCGGAGAGGCUCGCACCAUGAGCGGCGGCGAAGUGGUCUGCUCGGGAUGGCUCCGCAAAUCCCCCCCGGAGAAAAAGUUGAAGCGUUAUGCAUGGAAGAGGAGAUGGUUUGUGUUACGCAGUGGCCGUUUAACUGGAGAUCCAGAUGUCUUGGAAUAUUACAAAAAUGAUCAUGCCAAGAAGCCUAUUCGUAUUAUUGAUUUAAAUUUAUGUCAGCAAGUUGAUGCUGGAUUGACAUUUAACAAAAAAGAGUUUGAAAACAGUUACAUUUUUGAUAUCAACACUAUUGACCGGAUUUUCUACUUGGUAGCAGACAGUGAAGAGGAGAUGAAUAAGUGGGUUCGUUGUAUUUGUGACAUCUGUGGGUUUAAUCCUACAGAAGAAGAUGCUGUGAAGCCACCUGGCAACUCCUUACAAGCACCAGCUGAUUUACCUUUAGCUAUAAACACAGCCCCACUGUCCACCCAGGUGGAUUCUUCCUCGGCUACUCUACCUCCUCCAUAUCAGCUAAUUAACCUUCCACCACACCUGGAAACUCUUGGCAUCCAGGAGGAUCCUCAAGACUACCUCUUGCUAAUCAACUGUCAAAGCAAGAAGCCUGAACCCACAAGAACACAUGCUGAUCCUGCAAAAUCCACCUCCUCUGAAACAGACUGCAAUGAUAACGUCCCUUCUCAUAAAAAUCCUGCUUCCUCGCUGAACAAACAAGGAGUGAAUGGCUUUUUUCAGCAGCAAAUGAUGUAUGACUCUCCACUAUCACGUGCUGCAUCUAUUUCUGUAGACUCCAGCCUUUAUAACCUGCCCAGGAGUUAUUCCCACGAUGUUUUACCAAAGGUAUCUCCAUCAAGUACCGAAGCAGAUGGAGAACUCUAUGUUUUUAAUACCCCAUCAGGGACAUCAAGUGUAGAGACUCAAAUGAGGCAUGUGUCUAUUAGUUAUGACAUUCCUCCAAUACCUGGUAAUACUUACCAGAUUCCACGAACAUUUCCAGAAGGAACCUUGGGACAGACGUCAAAGCUAGAGACUAUUCCAGAUAUUCCUCCACCUCGGCCGCCGAAACCACAUCCAGCUCAUGACAGAUCUCCUGUGGAAACAUGUAGUAUCACACGCACGGCUUCAGACACUGACAGUAGUUACUGUAUCCCUACAGCAGGAAUGCCUCCAUCACGUAGUAAUACCAUUUCCACUGUGGAUUUGAACAAAUUACGAAAAGAUGCUAGUUCUCAAGACUGCUAUGAUAUUCCACGAACGUUUCCAAGUGAUAGAUCUAGCUCACUUGAAGGCUUCCAUAACCACUUUAAAAUCAAAAAUGUGUUGACAGUGGGAAGUAUAUCAAGUGAGGAACUGGAUGAAAAUUAUGUCCCAAUGAAUCCCAACUCUCCACCACGACAACAUUCCAGCAGUUUUACAGAACCAAUUCAGGAAGCAAAUUAUGUGCCAAUGACACCAGGGACAUUUGAUUUUUCUUCAUUUGGGAUGCAAGUUCCCCCUCCUGCUCAUAUGGGCUUCAGGUCCAGCCCAAAGACCCCUCCCCGACGGCCAGUUCCUGUUGCAGACUGUGAACCACCCCCCGUGGAUAGGAACCUCAAGCCAGACAGAAAAGGUCAAAGUCCUAAAAUUUUAAGACCCAAACCCCAUGGUUUAGAGCGAACUGAUUCACAAACCAUAGGUGACUUUGCUACAAGAAGAAAGGCCAAGCCAGCACCUUUAGAAAUAAAACCUUUGCCAGAAUGGGAAGAAUUGCAAGCCCCAGUUAGAUCUCCAAUCACUAGGAGUUUUGCACGAGACUGCUCUAGGUUUCCCAUGUCCCCCAGACCGGAUUCAGUGCACAGCACAACUUCAAGCAGUGACUCACAUGACAGUGAAGAGAAUUAUGUUCCCAUGAACCCAAACUUGACCAGUGAAGACACAAAUCUUUUUGGUAGUAAUAGUCUUGAUGGAGGAAGCAGCCCUAUGAUAAAGCCCAAAAGAGACAAACAAGUGGAAUACCUAGAUUUAGAUUUAGAUUCCGGGAAAUCCACACCACCACGAAAGCAAAAGAGCAGUGGCUCCGGCAGCAGUGUAGCGGAUGAGAGAGUGGAUUAUGUUGUGGUUGACCAGCAGAAAACCCUGGCACUAAAGAGCACCCGGGAAGCCUGGACUGAUGGGAGACAGUCCACCGAAUCUGAAACACCAACCAAGAGCGUGAAAUGAAAAUAUUUCUUGGCCAUUUCUGAACACAAGAGAACAGAAUUGUAAAAAAUCCUGAAAACAGAACCACAUCCAUAGCAGUGUUUGAGUGAAGAUGAUUUGACACUUCUACUCUAAGCAGAUCCUCCAGUGAAUGGAGUUGAAGUCAAAGGACCUUGCAGAUAUAAUCGAGCAACUGAGACCCUAAAUGGUGCUAUGUGGUAUCUGAACAAUUCAUAACAUGUAAAUAAUGUACAAAAAUAGCAUUGUUUAGCUCCCAGAGAAACAUUUGUUCCACAGUUAACACACUUGUAGUAUUAUUACAGUAUUUAUGCACUUUUUCAUUUAAAACAUUGGUUUGGGUAUUCCCAAUGUACCUUAACGUAAUUCCUUUGGGAGUACUUGCUUCUCCUCACACUACUCUCUAUAACAAUACUAAGUUAAUGAAGCUACUUUUAGAUUUGGAAAUUGCUGUUUGAACUACACUUUAACAAUAUUAAAUGAGAAGUAGAUUCACAGUUUAACUUUCUAACUGAAACUUUGGGUAGCUGAAAAUACAAAGUGUAGUUGGACUCAUCACUCAUUGCUGAGGAUAAUGUACAUACUAGUUUCAAGAACUAGCUCUCUGGUUCAUGUACGUUUAGUUUUUAGUGGUGGAAUUCUAUUAUAUUUUGUUAAUUAUGAUGUUUUUGGUUCAUUGGGUGAAGAUUCUGCCGGGUGGGAUCUUGCACUCUUUAAAGACUGAAUAGUUAAACUAUCCAGUAAGCCUAUAAAUCACUGCUAGCAUGCAGUGAUGAUGUGCUUUUACACUUGUUAACAUGUAUUAAACUUUAUAUUAUUUACAAAAAGUAGAUUAUGUAACUAGUCAGGUACGUACCAGGCACUGAAUGUGCUAAUACACUGAUCAGGUUUAGACAAUGAGCUUUAGUUGUGUUCUUGUUAGUCCUAAUAUUGGUUUCCAAUUUGGAGUUAAUGGAACAGUUGAUGUUCACUGUUAGUUAUAGCAACAUACUGUGAUUUUUAAUUAGGCAGUAAUUCAGAUUUAUUACUCUGAGAAUGAAAAUUCUCUUUUGACACCAUAGUGCCCUUUUUAUGAUUUUUUUUUUUUACUUAAUGUUCUUCUUGGCCUUAUAUUUAGAUCCCUAUGCAAUUAAUACUUUAUAUCUUCAUUAAAAAAAAUAGAUGUUAUAUAAGUGAUUCUUGUAUGUAGCACCUGUUGCUUUUCCAACAAAAGAAUUAAGAAUUUUGUACUGUGAUUUAUAGUCACUGCCCCAAUUCAAGAAAUAUUGGAGCCUUGCUAUAAUGUGAAAUCUUAUAGUCAUGGACCCCUUCCAAUCAUAUUUCUGAAGUCACCAGAAGAAUCUUACAAUUCGUCUUAUCUAUAACAUGGUCCUGUGAUGUGUGGAUAGCAAAACCAUAAAUGAGAGUGAUGCUUCAACUUUGUUCAUCUGUUUUGACUUUGCAGUGUGAUUUUGAAGGCAGGUGUGGUUGUUUUGUUUGUUCUGCUAAGUUACAUACAAUCUCUUAUGCAUUGACCUGGGACUCACAAACAGGUUUGGAGGGGGCGUAGAGCUAAGAGUGGCCACAGCUGAGGUGUGGCUUCCUCAAUUCAGACCUCUGAUUGCUGCCUGAGUACACAGAUGUGCCCUGAUUCUGGCCUAUUGGCCAAGAGUACUGUGCCUAAUCAAGUCUAAUAGGUUUAUCUCCCCACACAAGCUAAAAAUGUUCAUAGCAAGAUGAAUUGUAGACUAGUAACAUUUGAUGCUUUUAAAUGUUUGCUUCUUUUUAAACAAAAACUAAAAUCAGAAAUGAAUUUUGAGGUGGAAUUUUAAAUAAAAAAUGUUGUUUGAGUUCGGUGUGUAAGCUGUUUUAUGAUGAGACCACAAAAUAAAACUUAAAAUCAUUGGAGUGUGCCUAAACACAAGACACACAACACAGUUAAUAUGUAAAGAUACUAAAUUGUGUUACCUGGAGCAUGAACAUAUAUUUAGAUCCAAAACACAAUGAUAAAUAUAUGGUUAAUUCAAAAGUAAAAAUUGUGUUUUAAAGCUGGCUGUCAGAAAGGACUAAAGCAAUUGAGUAUUUUUUGGUGUGAUUUUACCUUAAUUUUUUAUAAGUUAUUCACCAUUUUUUGAAGAGCUGCAGCACUCCAAUUUGUAGAAUGUUCUCAUUUUGCAGGGUAAUUUAAGAAUUGGAAUGUAUUAGAAAGGCAGUUUGCUUUAGAAAACUAAAUCACAUUAAACAUCAUAUUCACAAAUUAAAUUAAAAGACAAUUUCUUUAACAGUAUUUUCCAAACAUUUUUUAGCAGUAGAAUCUUUUCGUAAGUGAAAUUUUAUACGUAACUCAAAUACAUAAAGCCUGAAAAGUCCAAUUUAUCAGGAUAAAUGUAUUUUGAGUUCACAUUUGUGUUUACUUAGCUGAGUCCAUUAUUAAGAAUAAGAUUUCUGAAUAACACAAAUGUGAAGUUGGGGUUAUAGAUAGUUGAUGAAAACUCAGUAAUUUAUUUCUGUACCAUGUUUUAUUUGCAUAAUAUCAAGAAAAUUUUGAUUCACACAGAUACAAGUAAGUGCCAAUAGUAACAGGUUUUAAACACCUGGGAGAUUUUUUAAUUAAAUAUAGAUAGAUGAAAUUAAAUUCCAGGGUCUAUAAAAAAAUUAAAAAAAUAAAUUAUCCUAGUAAUGGAAGACAAUUCAUCAGUAGUCGCCAGUAAGGUAAAAGAGAGAUAUAUAACACUUUAGAACAUGCAUUUUAUUAGGUUUUUAAAAUAUACACUUAUAAAAACAAAAUUUGAAUCAAAUCCUUUUAAUAUAUCCUUAAUUCACCUCUACGAAGCUAGGUUUCAGUAGGGCAAGGGUUGAAAACCACUGGUUAACCAUGUGACAGUAUGAUGUUCCAGAUGAGAAGUCUUUUUUCCCACAUGUUUGAUGUUCUCUAACUUUUAUACCUUAUUUAGAAAAACUGUAAAAUUUUAUGAAGGUUUGAAUACCAAAACAUAGUUCUGCUUUCAAAAUUCAAACUUGAAAAGUUUAAGCUAUUUCAACCCCUAGAAGAUAUCACUUAGUAAGCUAUUAAAGAUGUUUUUAAUGUGUUCUCUAGUUCAUAAGUUUUUAUCUUUAUCAAUACAAUAUAAGCUACUGUGGGCAUUUUAGAGAAUCCCAUAAAGGUACUAUGAGUGUGUGUAUAUACCACACACACACACAUAAUACAUACAUAUAUAUAUAUAUAUAUAUAUAUAUAUAUAUAUAUAUAUAUAUAUAUAACAUUAUUAAUCAUGGACUUUUGAUAGGGAAAUACUUCUAUACUUGUACAUUUAGUUUAUGUUAUAAUUUCUACUGGAUUCUUUUUUAUUUAAUUAGUAGGGGUCACAAUCUUCUUAUUCAUAAAUGUAUUUAAACUGGAAAUUUUUCUUGAACACCAGGGAUUGUUUCACUUUUUCUACUAAGGGGAAGUUGCUUUCUCUCUUUAGAGAAAAUAGUAUUUGUAGUAUUUUACUAAAAUGUUAACUACUUGUGCAUGUACAUUAUACAAGUAGACACUGACCAGAAUUCUUGGGUAUUCCCAAACACUCUUAGUGCCUUUUUAUUUUGGCCCAUUGAAAGUGUGGGUAUUAGUAUUCAGAAUGAAUAUAAAGCCUUUACAAAUUUGGAAACGAAGUGGGUUCAUCCUUCUUUUCCUAUCUUCGGGUCAUAUUUGCAAUCGACAGACAUUGUACAUAUGACCAAAUCAUGUGGAGACAGAGAGAGGCAUAGAUCCAUGAUAGUUACUGUCAGUAAACAUGUUAUGUAAAUUUGUAUAUAGUUUUUAAAACUGACAACUAUGCGAUGAAAAACCAUGGUGUAAAUGAAUAUUGUAGACAUCAUGGACUUGAUGAGAAAUCACGUGUCAUGGUUGUUGAGAUCGUUUUUUUUUUUUAGUCUGUCUAAAUAUGUUUAUAUAUUACUGCAGUUUGAAAUAACUUAGUUUGUCUUCUAUUCCAUAUCUUUAGGUUCAGUGUAGUCUCUAUCAUGAGUUUCAGCAAACUGCUUAGUCAUGAGAUAUACAUAGUUUGUGCUUCCUUUAGGUAAAAGACAUAUGGUUUUGUAAGAAAUCUUGUAACCUAAAUUGUUGUUUAUAAACACUAAAUUUCAACAGCAAAACCUUAUGUAUAAAAUUAUUUCUCCCUCUCGCACAUCUUUUUUGUAAAGAUCCAGUUGUAGAUGUUUUCUGCUGCCAAAUAAAACUUUUCAAACA